UUCUUUAGAUUGAAUCUGAUCCAUGCUCAGCCAGUGGGCUUGUAGCCCCGCCUCUUCCAGCUCUAUCUAUAUUUACACACCAGCAGCAGAACUGUACAUCACUGCAGCUGCUCGGAGAUGUUUGUCUAGCACAGAGUUUCAGUUAGACAUCCAGCAUGACUGACAGUCAAACAGACGCGGAGCAGCCGGAGGUGAAGCGCGAGAACGGGGGCAGUAAACUCGCCCUGAGCGACGACAAAGCCCCACCGUCCGAACCGGCAGAGUUGGAGCCCCCGGAGGGCGGAUGGGGCUGGGUGGUGAUGCUGGCCGCUAUGUGGUGCAACGGCUCGGUGUUCGGGAUCCAGAACGCGUUCGGCAUCUUGUUCGUGUCUCUGCUGAAAGAGUUCGGCUCCGAGAACGACGAAGACCUCCGCUUCAAAACAGCAUGGGUCGGUUCUCUCUCCAUGGGUAUGAUCUUCUUCUGCUCACCAAUCGUCAGUGUAUUCACCGAUCUGCUCGGUUGCCGGAUAACAGCGAUUGGAGGCGCUGCCGUGGGGCUUGUGGGACUUCUGGCCAGUUCAUUUGUCACGUCUCUCGGGCCAUUGUACUUCACCUAUGGCAUCGUGUUUGCGUGCGGGUGCAGUUUUGCUUAUCAGCCGAGUCUGGUGAUCUUGGGUCACUACUUCAAGCGCAGGCUUGGCCUCGUGAACGGCAUCGUGACGGCGGGCAGCAGCGUGUUCACUAUCACGCUCCCGUACAUGCUGUCAGGUCUGCUGGAUCGUGUGGGGCUGCAGAACACGAUGCGGGUGCUGGCCAUCUUCAUGUUUAUCCUCAUGCUGGCGGGCUUCACCUACAAACCUCUCCUGCCCAAACCCGUGAGCAGCAGUAAGUCUGGCAGCCGCUGUCCAUCCCUCAACAAGGUGUUUAAUAUGCACAUCUGGAAGUCUCUGGGAUAUCGCAUCUGGGCGUUUGGAAUACCUGCAGCCCUGUAUGGAUACUUUGUGCCUUAUGUUCACCUGAUGAAACAUGUAGAGGAGCGGUUUGGAGUGAAUGCUAAUAAAGAGGUUCUGCUCACGUGUAUCGGCAUCACGUCUGGAGUGGGUCGUCUUAUCUUCGGCAGAGUGGCGGACUACGUACCUGGAGUCAACAAAGUCUACCUACAGGUGUCUUCAUUCCUGGUCAUCGGCGUGAUGUCUAUGAUGAUUCCUCUGUGUCACAUCUUUGGCGGGCUGAUCGCCGUGUGUCUGCUCAUGGGUCUGUUUGAUGGUUGUUUCAUCUGCAUCAUGGCUCCCAUCGCCUUUGAGCUGGUGGGCUCUCAAAACGUGUCACAGGCCAUUGGCUUCCUCCUGGGCAUGAUGUCCGUCCCCAUGACUGUAGGACCUCCGAUUGCAGGAUUCCUACGGGACCGUCUGGGCAGCUAUGACGUGGCAUUUUACCUGGCGGGCAUCCCUCCCAUCAUCGGUGGAGCCGUUCUGUGUCUGAUCCCGUGGGUGGAGGCGAAGAGGAGGAGGAAAGAGCAGGAGGAAGCUGCCGACACCACCGAGAAAAUGCUGGAACACAAGAGCGACACACAGGAUGACACAGACAGCAGAGUGAAAACUGACGACCUGAAAUCUGUUGUCUGAGAAAAACACAAUAUCACCAACAGAGACACUGAAAAAGGUGUGUUCAAUAAAAAUAUGAAUCAUUUACUUUUCUAUCCCUUUAUUUACUACAGAAGUAAAGAAACACUUUAGUGGAACAUGAAGAAUGGGUGAUCUGAAGAGGUGCAUCAUUCAUGUUUUUAAAUGGAAAUUGUAUGAACUUUGAACAGUUGUUCAUUAAGAAGGGAAAAUGAAUUCUUACAAUGAAUCGAGCUUUAAUUUGGUUACAUGUGGCAUAGAAAUGAAAAAUUGCUGCACGUAUUCAUUUCCUUCUCCACUUGCAUAACUUAAUGAGUGUAUUUGCAUAUGUACACUUUAUUCAACAUAAGCUCUUGAGGAAAUGUCACUAUAUCUCUCUGUUUUACUUUAAAAUCACAAAUGAGGAAACAUAAAUGCUGAUUUGACUUAAUCUGAAUUUAUUUUAUUAAGUAGUGUUAUUAGAUUAUUAUGCAAGGAAAACAAGCCAAAUUCAGUCCAUUCAGUGUAAAGUUUUGAAAUUGAAAGUAUUGUUCUAAAAAUCAAACGUGUAUUUGACAGCAUGUUUGAGAAAUGAAUGUUUACAUGCGUUUUACACCCAACAGGGCAGAUAUUAGUAUUUGCUUUUCUAUGCAGUUGCUUUAAAUUGAACUAAUGUGGGAAAGAUCUUAAAGUGUGUUCAUUGAUCCAGACGUGUUACCGUAGUGACCUCCAUUAGAUAUACAUUACAGUUGAAGUGUCAGUCAAAUUUCAGAACCUUUUUUUCAAUGUAAAAUGACAAGUGAUUAUUAUUAUUAUUAUUGUGUGUGUACCGUGCACAUCUGCAACGUCAUUUCAUAUCAUUCUUGGCAACACUUUAUAAUACGUUUCUAAACAUUAAUAUUAGUUGAUACACAAACAGUUACAAUAUUUUUACUGCAUUUAUCAAUCUUGAUUAUUGUUAACUUCUAAAUCUAGUUUUGUUUAUUACAGAAGCCCUGAACUGCACUGUAAAAAAAAAGUUUUUUUAGGUGUCUUAGUGCCUUCCUGAGCCUAUGUCCUACAAAUAUUUUUUUCUCUUUCUCAAUUAAAAAUAAAUAAAUAAAUAAAAUAAAAACAUUCUCUUUUUUUUCUUAUCAAAGAAAAAAAAAGUUAAAAGUUUUGGUUUUGUUUUUGUCCUCAAAAGGCAACACAUGAGGAAACAAAUCAUAAAGACAUCUAUCUAGCGCAUGUUUACAUGGGCCAACAAAUGAAAAAAGCACACUGUCAAUAGCAGCAUAAAUAUUCACAGUGGUGAAUGUCAUCAAACAACUAGAAAUAACUCCCGUUGAUACACUUGACAACCAAUGCCAUAUGAAACAUAUGUAACCUGAGGUAUAUUCAUUGAACUGUGUUUUCAUGUAGUAGUAGACUUUCAAACAUUAUAUUUGUUUCUUUCCUUGAUUAAGGAUUGCAAAACAUUCUUGUUAAAGUAUUAUACAACUAUAAAUCAACAGAUCAAGUAUCACAGCUCUCAUCUGUCACUUUGUAAUAGCUUUGCAAUGGUAUGAGAUUUUCACUGAACAAUAACCGUCUCAGAAAAUAUCACGGUAUACAGUAUUACACAAUUAUUAUUAUCAGUUACAAUGACCCUUUUUUUGGUUGAACAAACACUUUAUUAUAAUUGAAACUUGAAACAAUUUUUUUUAAUGGAAGUAUGUGUAAAAAAAAAAAAAAAAAGUCUUCCUUUUGAAAAUAAAUAGAAUAAAUAAGAAAACUAACAGAACUAUAAUAAUAAACCAAAUUAUAAACAUGAUAAAAAAAUAGCAUGUAACUAUAACAUAACUAAAGCAUGUUAGUUUACAUGUUUAAUUAACUACUAAAUGAAAAAUAACAUCAGCUGUGUGAGCUUUUAAAGUAAUGUGCUACAAUUAUUAAUAAUUAACAUAUACUGUAUGUGCACGACAGCACAGCCAGAUUGCUCCUGUCUGUUUUUUUUUUUUUUUUUUUUGACUGCUCCUGUCUGUACCUUUAACUCAACUUUAACAACUACGUGUUUCUCAACUGGUUUUGCUAAAGGACAGAUUUUACAUUGGAACUCAAGAGGCGACCCACCAUAGUAAAAACGUAACUUGUAUUUAAUGUAUCCUGGGUCACAUUUCCUAUAGUUUUGUUCAUGGUUUUCAAGUACAAGGACAUGCAUCAAGUGACAUUAUUUUUGUUGUUGACGUCAACAACAAAAGCGACAGGAAGUUCUCUCUCCCCCUUUUUAAAAAUUGAAGAGCAUAUUUACUUAUAUGAGCCCAUUAUUAUCCCGUUUGUUUCUAAUUUCAAACAUAAUUCAAACAGAACAUACAUAUUACACAAGAGGAAAGGCUCCUCAUUACCAUGGUUAGGUCAGAGUAAAUAAUAAUAAAUUAUAGUAUUUAUGAAAAAAUAAAUACUAGCUGAAACACAUCUUGAAACUACAGCUGCCACUGUUGAUAUAAAAUGAGGUCUAAUAGAUUCUACCUUUAGAUUAUUUCAUAUGAAACUAUAACAUUUUAUCAAAAUAUAACAGUUACUCAUGUACAAUUGUGAAACAAUUUUGUAAAGGUGAUGGUGUAUAAUAAUAAAAAAUAGCGCUUAGCACAGUGUUGCUCUUUUCCUCCUCAGUGCUGUUUAGCAUCAGGGCUGACUACUGUUCGAGAGGUUUGACUUGACUUCCUUCGUAAUGCUUUAAACUAGAAAAGUCUCACUAGAAUUGAAAUUGGUCACAUCAGUUUUGAGGUCUGUGCGCCACAAUAUCGCGUCAGAGAGCAAAGCAGAUCGUUAACGUGAGCUAACACGUGCGAAAUUGCGGAUGAGAAUCCUUUAACUGAUUGCGAGAUUAUCAUUACAUCUGCCUCGGCAGUCCUAAAUAGACUCUCACUUGGGCAG